UUUUUUUUUUUGUCUUUUGACGGUUAUGGCGGCAAAUUAUUGGGUUUCAACACAAAAAAAUCAUUGGUUACUUGAUCGUUGGACUUUAACUCAAAGUAGAGAAGAAGACUUGAAAUAUAUAUCAGAAUCAGAUUAUAUCAAAAUCAAAAUAUGGUUUUGUCACUUGAUUCAAAAACUUGCGAAACGAUUACAACUUAAACAACAAGUGGUGGCUACAGCUUUUGUUUAUUUUAAACGAUUUUAUACAAAAAACUCAUUACGUAUGACAGAUCCAUUACUUGUAUUGGUGACUUGUGUUUAUCUUGCUACGAAAAUAGAAGAAUGUCCUGUUCAUAUUAAAGUGGUCACUCAAGAAGCCAAACAAGCAUUUCAAGUCGACUUUGGUGGAUUCCCCUAUGAUAGUUCCAAAGUAGCGGAAUUCGAAUUCUAUUUACUAGAAGAAUUAGAAUUUUACUUGAUUGUGUGGCAUCCAUAUCGAUCUCUUACUCAUAUUUGUCAAGAACUUGGAAUGAAGGAACAAGGAUUACAAUUUGCAUGGUUUAUUGUGAAUGAUUCAUUUCGUACUGAUGUUUGUCUUUUACAUCCUCCUCAUAUGAUAGCUUUGGCUGCUCUUUAUCUCACUAUAGUAUUAAAUCAUGCUGAUUUUGUACCUGGAUCUUUAGGUGAUCGAACAGAUAUGCGUCAAUGGUUUGCUGAUCUCAAUAUACAAGUGGAAACUUUGGUGGAAAUUACUCAAGAGAUUCUAUCUAUUUAUGAAGUUUGGGCUGAUUGGAAAGAAGAAAAAAUGUUAUCACUUUGGAAAGAACUCAAGAAUAAACCAUCACCUACAAAAUCAACAACAUAAUUUAGUUUUUUAUUUAUUUUAUAUUUAUAUAUAUAUUCAUAUUGUUUUUUUUUUAUUAAAAAAACAAUGAUAUCCUUCUAAUAGAAAUAAAAAUGAAUCAUUAUCAAUCAA